AUGGCGGGAUUUCAGUUGUAUGGUAUGGAAUACGGGUUUGGAGCACACGAUUUUCCAAUAAGUGGGGUGUUUGAAGUUGAACCCAAAAGUUGUCCGGGCUUUACAUACAGAUGUUCAAUCCCAUUAGGGCAUGUAACCAAAUCGCCUUCUGAGUUUAGAGAAUUUAUUGAAACCGUUGCCUCAGAGUACCAUGGGGACACGUAUCACCUAAUAUCCAAGAAUUGCAAUCAUUUUACGGAUGAUAUUUCCCAAAGAUUAACGGGUAGAGGAAUUCCCGGGUGGGUUAAUCGGCUCGCCAAGUUAGCUUUUCAAGUGCUCUAUGCAGUUGUCUACUUCCCGAAAGCCUUCAAGUAA